GAGUGAGCUUCCAUCUCUUAAGUUUCUAUAUCUAGUCUACAACAAAUUCCAAGCAUCUAACGAUGCUAAUGGUAUAAUUCUCCAUUUUUGUACUUAUAGAAACAUGUUUCCUUAUUGUUUCAUCUUAAUAUUUAUGUGUAACUCCAAAAUUGAAUUAGUAAUUAUAUGUAUUGCAGGUUUUGAGAGACUUUCUAAGCUAAGAAAUUUGGAAAUCCUCGAUCUAAGUUACAAUAGGUUGAACAAUAGUAUCUUAUCAUCUUUGAGUGAGCUUCCAUCUCUCAAGUCUCUAUAUCUAGCUGAUAACGAAUUUGAAGCAUCCAACCAUGCUAAUGGUUUUGAGAGACUUUCUAAGCUAAGAAAUUUGGAAAUCCUCGAUCUAAGUUAUAAUAUGUUGAACAAUAGUAUCUUAUCAUCUUUGACUAAGAAAUUUGGAAAUCCUCGAUCUAAGUUAUAAUAUGUUGAACAAUAGUAUCUUAUCAUCUUUGAGUGAGCUUCCAUCUCUCAAGUCUCUAUAUCUAACUGGCAACAAAUUUGAAGCACCCAACCAUGCUGAUGGUAAAAUUGUCCAUUUUUUACUUAUAGAAACUUAUUUCCUAAUUGUUUAUCUCAAUAUUUAUGUGUGGCUACAAAAUUAAAUAAAAUUUUAUAUAUUACAAGUUUUGAGAAGCUUUCUAAGAUGAGAAAUUUGAAAAUCCUCAAUUUAAAUUUCAAUAUAUUGAAAAAUAGUAUAUUAUCAUCUUUAAGUGAACUUCCAUCUCUCAAGUCUCUAUAUCUAGUUAAUAACGAAUUUGAAGCAUCCAACCAUGCUGAUGGUAAAAUUGUCCAUUUUUUACUUAGAGAAACCUAUUUCCUAAUUGUUUCAUCUUAAUAUUUAUGUGUGGCUCCAAAACUGAAUUAGUAAUUGUAUGUAUUUGCAGGUUUUGAGAGACUUUCUAAGUUGAGAAAUUUGGAAAUCCUCGAUCUAAGUUACAAUAUGUUGAACAAUAGUAUCUUGUCAUAUUUGAGUGAGCUUUCAUCUCUCAAGUCCCUAUAUCUAGCUAACAACAAAUUCCAAGUGUCUAACCAUGACGACGGUUUUGAGAGGCUUUCUAAGUUGAGAAAUUUGGAAAUCCUUGAUUUAAGUGACAAUAUGUUGAAUAAUAGUAACUUAAUAUUUUUGAGUGAGCUUUCAUCUCUCAAGUCUCUAAAUCUUGCCUGGAGCAACUUAUUAGCAUCAAACUAUGUUGAAAUGGUUAAUGUAUGUGCUACUUACAUUCUUCUUAUUGGAAAGGGUUGUGGUGCCAAUGGUGUUGGGAUCAAGAGAGAACUGCCCUCCUCCAACUCGAUCAAACCUUUCUUCAAUUCUACAUUUUCUCUAAGAAACUGGGUGAGAGGAGAGGAAAAAUUCAUAUUGUUGUCAAUGGAAAAAGGGUUUCUUAAGCUUUCAAAGAGGUUGAGCAAUUUGGAAACCCUUAACUUGGAUGGAAAUUUCUUCAAUAACAGCAUUUUGCCAUAUUUGAGUGAGCUCUUAUCUCUCAAAUAUCUAUAUCUAGCUGGCAACAACCUCCAAGCAUCUAACCAUGUUGAAGCUGAUUUAGAAAAGCUGUCAAGACUUGACCACUUGGAGGUGCUCGGCCUAACUGGAGGAAUAAACUUCAGCUACAACAUCCUAUCAUCUUUGGCAAGUCUUCCAUCCUUAAAAACUCUAUUCCUAGGAUACAGUAAAAUAAAAAUGAACCCGAGUACAAGAGGUUUUCAUAACCUGUCCAAAGUGGAAGAGUUGCAACUGGUGGAUUCUAUCCUCCCAACCAACUUCUUUCAUGGCAUUGGAUCAUUAACUUCUCUCAAGGUUUUAUCACUGUAUUUUUGCAGACUCAAUGGCUCCUUAACAAGCCCAGGCCUGUGUCAAUUGUCACAUCUUCAAGAGUUGGAUAUUACAUACAAUGAUUUAAGGGGAGCCUUGCCUUCAUGUUUGGCAAAUUUUACUUCUCUCCAGAUUUUAAGCCUUGAUUCAAACAAAUUUUCUGGAGAUAUAGCUCUAUCACCCCUUAACAAAUUGACAUCCCUUCAUUACUUGUCUCUUUCAAACAAUCACUUCCAAAUUCCAAUCUCCCUUCGACCAUUCUUCAACCAUUCAAAACUCAAGAUUAUCAAAGUAGAAAACAAUGAAUUUUAUGCAGAUACCACCAUUGAAUCUUUGGAACCAACUUUCCAACUAGAUACCUUGGUUUUGUCUGGUUGUGGAGAUUGUAGAGCAAUUCCAAACUUCCUCUACUCUCAACACAACUUGAAGUAUUUAGACCUCUCGCACCUUAACCUAACUGGAGAGUUUCCCAUUUGGUUGUUGGAAAACAACACAAUGUUGAACACACUUUUGUUGGUUAACAAUUCCCUCUCUGGACCUAUUAAGUUGCUAGCUCAUUCUCAUAAGAGUUUGGAAAAUCUAGAUAUCUCCAAAAAUUUCUUCGAUGGCCAUAUUCCAAUGGAGAUUGGAGCAUCUUUGCCAAGUUUAAACGAAUUACAUAUUUCAAGAAAUUCUCUUAAUGGUAGCAUUCCUCCUUCAGUUGGUGAUAUGAGGUUGUUGCGUUAUUUGGACUUAUCUCACAAUAACUUAUCUGGUGGAAUACCUAAGAAGUUAACCAUGGGUUGCUCAUCAUUGAAUGUCCUUACUCUAUCAAACAACAGCUUGCAAGGUCAAAUUUUCUCUGAAAAUUUUAGCUUAUUCCAGUUGGACAAAUUACAGUUAAAUGACAAUCACUUUUCUGGAAGUAUCCCAAAAAGUUUAUCUAGCAGCAUCUAUCUGUUUUCAAUAAAUUUCAGCAAUAACAAUCUCUCUGGAAGGGUCCCAAGUUGGAUGGGCAAUAUGUCAUCCUUGGGAGAAAUUAUCAUGCCUAAUAAUGGUCUUGAAGGUCCAAUUCCUAUCGACUUUUGUCAGCUUCAAAAUCUUGAAAUUCUAGACCUUUCAAAUAACAAUAUUUCAGGGAGUCUACCAACUUGUUUUAGCCUAGGGCAGAUAAAUCAUGUUUAUUUAUCCAAAAACAAGCUAGAAGGAUUGCUGCCAACACAGUUUUGUAAUGGCUCUUCUCUAAUAACUUUAGAUCUUAGUGACAACCAGCUAAGUGGUAACAUCCCGGAUUGCAUCAAUAUGCUCAGUGAGUUGAGUUUUCUUAUCAUGAAGAACAAUAAUCUUGAAGGUGAGAUCCCAAUUCAGCUGUGUGAGUUACAGAAAUUGAGCUUGAUUGAUCUAUCUCAUAACCAUCUUUCGGGCCCUAUACCCUUGUGCCUAAAUAUUACUACUUUUUUGGAGGCAUAUUAUGGGGAUCAUCAUUUUCCUCUUACUCCUAGUGCCGCUUCUCAAGCAUUUGAAAAUGGCACAAUUCCUGUUGAUGAACCAGUGCAUUUCACAACAAAGAAUAUGGCAUAUCCUUAUAAGGGGAAAAUUCUGGUCUACAUAUCUGGAAUAGAUCUCUCUUGCAACAAAUUAACGGGUAAAAUUCCUUUUGAAAUAGGAUGUCUUAGCAAGAUUCAAGUACUAAACCUAUCUCAUAAUAUCUUGAUUGGUGGAAUUCCAUCUACAUUUUCUAAACUUGUGCAAAUCGAGAGCCUGGAUCUUUCUUAUAACAAUUUGAGUGGGGAAAUUCCCCCACAGCUUGUUGAGUUAUAUUUCUUGUCUACUUUUAGUGUGGCAUACAACAACUUAUCAGGUAAGACACCGACAAGGGUCAAACAAUUUGCAACAUUUGAUGAAAGUUGUUACCGAGGUAAUCCUUUGCUUUGUGGGGAACCAAUAAAGCGUUGCACAACGCCAAGUCCACCACCAUUGAUGCAAGAAGGUCCAAUCCAAGGUAGAGAAGAAGAUGGUCUCAUCGAUAUAGAGGUAUUUUGUGUGAGUUUUAUUGUGUCAUACAUAAUGGUGUUGGUAACUAUUGCUGCGAUUCUCUACAUAAAUCCUUAUUGGAGGCGGGCAUGGUUCUAUUACAUUGAGAUGUGCUUCAACUCUUGCUACUAUUUUGUAGUAGAUCAUCUACCCAAGCAAUUUCAUUGAUGAAUGUAACCAUACUAUACUUUCCAUUGCUAAUUAUGUUGUUUCCCCAUGUUUCCUAUUCAAAAUUGCAAUGAAAAAUCUCUUUAAAG